AAGAGAAGGCGGAGUCAAAAUCCCAGGCGGGGUACAGUGGGUAUUGGGAAUGGGUAGUAGGUCCGAGGUCGUAGGUACCAAGAUGUAUUAGACUUCUAAUACAUCUUGGUAGGUACCGCUGGUAACACUCGGAACUUUAGAGAAGUCGUCGCUCUAUAGGACGAGCAAUCGAGCACGCGACGCGACUGUAACAGUACGUCGUAUAGCGCUGUAAGCUACUUAACACGGCCUUUGCGGCAGCGGCAGUGGCGCCCAACCGCACAAUAGGCAGCCAAGGAUGUGGCGCAACUGCAACUCUGCUCAGGGACGGCCUUGCUUCAGCCGCCUAAUAAAUGGAGUCAAGAACACAAAUCCUUUAAGACCAGUCAUCAGCAGUCAUCAUAGCCAUAGUAAGCAUCCAGUCCCAAUAAAGUGCUCCACCAUAACCACUUCUACAAUGCCAGUGAGUCAAGUAACCAGGGUAGUAGUGCAGCCUCCAUCUUGCCUCCAUGAUGAGAGUGUGAGUCUCAGCGUGGACGGCCUGGCACCCGGAGAGGAAGUAACGCUGGAGGCCUCGAUGACAGAUACCCGAGGGGUCCUCUUCAUGUCUCUUGCCCAUUACAGAGCAGACAGCAAUGGACAGGUAGAUGUGAGCACCAUGGAAUCCCUAGGUGGUUCCUACAGGGGAGUGUUCUCAAUGGGUCUCCUGAGCAGCCUGUCACCAGCACUGAAGAAACACAAAUUUACCAGGUUUUUCAAAAGAGAUGUGGAAAAUCCAAACAUUGUGACAAUAUCAGUGUUCCGAGGCCAUCUAAGCAAUGAGGAAUUGGUGGGUGAGGGCAGAAGUGAACCACUGUCCACGGCCACCCACCUCAGACACUAUGUUGCUCCAGGAGUUCAGAGAAUUCCUGUUCGCUAUGGAAAAGUGCGUGGAUGUCUCUUUUUGCCGCCAGGUGACGGGCCGUUCCCUGGCGUGGUGGACAUGUUUGGCAGUGCUGGGGGCUUGCUGGAGUACCGGUCUGCUCAAUUGGCUUCCCGUGGCAUUGCUUCCCUUGCUUUGGCCUUCUUUGCCUAUGAUGACUUGCCCAAAUCUCUUGAAGAAUUUAAUAUGUCAUACUUUGAAGAAGCAGUGGAGUUUCUUCUAAAACAUGACAAGGUGAUAAGCCGAGGUGUUGGAGUAAUUGGAACAAGUAAGGGUGGGGAGAUAGCUCUGGAAAUGGCAGCAUUUAUUCCAUCGGUUAUUGCAUGUGUUGCUAUCAAUGCUCCUUGUGUUCCUGUUCUGGUUGGGAUGCGAGUGGGAGAACACUUGUACCCUGGAAUACCUUUCAGCAACAUACAUAAUGCUCAUAUUAAGGAUGAUGGCAGUGUGUGUAUGCGACCUCUCAGUGCUGAUAUAGCUAAGCAAUUUGAAAAGUUUAUUGUUCCAGUAGAAAGAAGCAAUGCAGCUUUUCUUUUCAUAGUUGGUAUUGAUGAUCAAAACGUAAAUUCAGAAUAUACUACACAAUUGUUGUGUCAGAGAUUAUCCAAACAUUCAUACUCAAAACCUUACAAAGUCUUGUCAUACCCUGGCAGUGGCCAUCUGUUGGAGCCUCCAUAUUCUCCACACUGUUAUGCUUCCUUUCAGCACAGUUCUAUGAUAGCUUUGGUCUGGGGAGGGACAGUCAAGCACCAUACAUGUGGGCAAGUCAAUGCCUGGAACAAGACUAUAGAAUUUUUUAAGCACCAUAUUGCACAAACAGGAAACCUUGAAGAUCUUGGAAAAAACAGCUUUGUUCAUCUUAAAAGCAGUUUAUGAAAAUAUUAAACCUUAACUCCUCAAA